AAUGUUUAUUAUAGUGCAAAAUGAUCAUAGUGGUCAUUGUGUUAACAAACCAUAGUGACCAGGUUUUUGCCAGUUGGUUCAAGAACUGAAUGUUUGAUGGAAAUUAACUGUAAUUGUUCUGUACAUUGAAAUUGCUUAGAACACCAAUUCACGUCAAAGAUCAGAACACCCGAGCAGUGGGGAGUCUCACGGUCAGCAUAACUUUUACACUUGGAUAAACAUUGAGAGGAUUUGAACAGCUUUCACGCAUUAAUCAAGAUAUUUGUAUGAUUUAACAUAACUAAUACACUAUUACAACCAGGAAUUUUCUCUGUUCCAAUGCAGUUUCAAUGUAUGAACAGACUGAGAAGAAAGGUGUUCCACUUUUCUGCUGUCAACAUUACCAGAAUUUAUUUCCAGAAGUCAAUGUACUCCUGUGAGUCUUUCAAAAUUGUUGGUUAUUUAUUAACAGAAAUAUUUGCAAAACAAAGAAAAAGAACUGAUUAUAUAAAGAGUGUAUCUGUGAUUUGAGUGAGAUAGAUCCAUUUGCAAAAUCCCCCGUCGUGUCUCUCCAAUUGGUCGGAUCGGACGGUGACAAAGCAAGAUGAAGCUCGUCCUCAGUUACGGGAUCAUCUUGUUGCUUCUCACUGGCUGUCACACGAAUGACGUCUUUCUACAGAAACCUUCAGCUCUGCAGCUCCUGUCUCGAAUCCGCAGGGCAAACAGUUUUCCAGAAGAGCUUAAAGAAGGGAAUCUGGAGCGAGAGUGUGUGGAAGAAACAUGCUCAAAGGAAGAAGCCCGAGAGAUUUUUGAAGAUGGUUCCAAAACGGAAUCCUUCUGGAAACUCUACACAGCCAGGCGGAGCUGUAAUUCAAUAACCUGUCAAAAUAAUGGGACCUGUCGGAACACCGCCAUAGGAGCACAAUGUAAAUGUCUCGGAGGAUUCAAUGGAACCUUCUGUGAAACAGAUAUCAAUGAGUGUGACUUAACGCCCGCAUGCCCACCAGGAACGACGUGUGUAGACGGAAUCAACAUGUUCACCUGCAAUUGCCCAACUGAAGGAUGCUUGGCAAAUUCAAAAUUGGAAUCAGAUAGUCAUGAAGAAUUUGCUAUGCUUUUCCAACUCUCGCUUUAGCUAGCAGCUAAACAUAGGGGGUGAUAGCUCCCGGCCCAGCUAAACUUAAGAAAUCUUGUUUGAAAGGAUGUUGCACAAUGUGUCCCGUUACAAAUCCGUACCACGAAAUAACAAACAAUACACAAUAUGCGAUUAAACGAUUAACCUUUAUAAUUCUUACUUUGACUAUAUGUUUAGUAAAGAAAACAAAAAAAAGGGCCCAAUCUUAUGAAACAAUCUUAUUGCACAAUGUUGGAGCUCACAGAUAAGUUGAUUGUCCACCAUCGACCUCCUCCGAUCAUCACUUUCCUUUGGACCCUCACUCCAACUCCACCCUGCCCAGCAGUCUACCAACUCUCUCCAUUCGUGUCUUCUCUCCUCAGCAAAAAGACUGCGAAAAUCUCUCUUCCAGCUCACAACAAAGAACAACAGCAUUCCAAACCCCGUAAUCUCUAGUCAUAACCCGAAUAUUGCUGCUGCAGAGAAACCAUUACAUUAUUAGUGAAAUCUUAAAGCAUGUUACACAGCAAUGAAACCCUACGGCAUGUUACAAUUUUAAAGAAUAACUAAAAUUUACAACUAAAUGUGGGGAUGAGCUUGAUGAGCUGCUGGAUUUCGGCCUGCUGAGUUCCUCCAGCAUUUUGUUAUUGCUCCAGAUCCAAGCAACUGUCUCUUGUGUUUCCAAAAUCAGACAUUGUCAACGUUUACCAACCUCUUCAAGUUUUGUCAUUAAAGUUUGGACUCUUUGAAACCCAGUGAUCAGUAAUCUUUCAGUACAUUAAUUAAAUCUUAUGCAAUGACUUUUAUAAAUAGUUGUAAACCUUUACACUUUAAGCAACACCCUGCACCUUCUGCAACAUAACAAGUAUCAAACACAAAGUACACUGCAGAUGCUGUGGUCAAAUCAACGCAUACAGACAAGCUGGAGGAACUCAGCAGGUCGGGCAGCAUCCGUUGAAAUGAGCAGUCAACGUAUCGGGCCGAGGCCCUUUGUCAGGACUGAAGAAGGAGGGAGCAGGGGCCCCAUAAAGAAGGUGGGGGGGGGGGGAGGGUGGAAAACCAAUGACAGGAAAGAUCAAGGGGUGGGGAGGGGAAACAGGGAGGAGAUAGGCAAGAGAGGUGAUAGGCAGCUAGAAGAGGAGACAAAGUGAAAGUGGGAUGGGGGGAAGGGAGAGGAAGGGAAUUAUCGGAAGUUGGAGAAUUGGAUGUUCAUACCAAGGGGCUGGAGACUACUCAGACGGUAUAUGAGGUGUUGCUCCUCCAACCUGAGUUUGGCCUCAUCAUGGCAGUAGAGGAGGCCAUGUAUGAACAUAUCCAAAUGGGAAUGUGAAGCAGAGUUGAAGUGGGUGGCAACUGAGAGAUCCUGUCUGUUGUUGCGGAGGUGCUUGAUGAAGCAGUCCCCCAAUCUGCAUCGGGUUUCGCCAAUGUAGAGGCCGCCGCACCGGAUGCAAUAGAUUACCCCAAUAGACUCACAAGUGUUGUCUCACGUGGAAGGACAGUUUGGGGCUCUGAAUGGUGGUAAGAGAGGAGGUGUAGGGACAGGUGUAGCAUUUGCGCUUACAGGGUUAAGUACCAGGUGGGAGAUCUGUGGGGAGGGACGUGUGGACCAGGCAGUCGCGGAGGGAACGAUCCCUGCAAAAAGCAGAGAGGGGUAGAGGAUGAAAAAUAUCCUUAGUGGUGGGGUCCUGUUGAAGGUGCCGGAAGUUGCAGAGGAUAAUAUGCUGGAUCCAGAGGCUGGCGGGGUGGUAGGUGAGGACAAGGGGAACACGGUCCCUGUUGUGGUGACGGGAGGAUGGGGUGAGGGCUGAAGUGUGGGAAAUGGAGGAGAUGUGGGUGAGGGCAUCAUUGAUGACAGCAGAAGGGAACCCACGAUUCUUAAGGAAAGAAGACAUUUGGGAUGUCCUGGAACGGAAAGCCUCAUCCUGGGAACAGAUGCGGCGGAGACAGAGGAACUGGGAAUAGGGAAUAGCAAUGGUGCAGGAAGCAGCACCAAUGUAGUCGACACCUCAUUUGCUGUCUGGGUAGUCUCCAGCCCCUUGGUAUGAACAUCCAAUUCUCCAA